AUGGAUAGAGAAAACCCCGAAACGACUGUCGUUCAUUCCUCCAUAGCUCUACUGCAGGAAAGGUUUAGAGAGCUGCAGAGAGUGAAGGCAAUGAGAGAGGAGAGAGAGAUUUCGAGAAUGCUAGCUCUAUCCUCCGACUCCGAACCAAAGCAGUUCACGGUGAUGAAUAGAAAUCCCUCCAUGCAUAACGAGCCGACAAGGGCAAGGUUGUUUUUCCACCUUGAUCAUCUUGUCCACGGUUGUGGAACGUCGGCAUCCGGAGCUUCCCUUUCCCUGUGGCCAACGUUGCAGAGCAAGCAUGAGGACUGUCCUCAUGGGAAGACUGAGACACCGCUUUUGAUCAACUUAUGGCCAACUUUCAGAGACACCACCUCGUUAAAAACUUGUCCAAACACAUUUGAAGACUCGGAUCCUAAUUCUGACUCUGAUGUAGAUACUUCUCUUCAUCUGUAA